AACAUGGCUGCGCCCAUAGUCAGAGGAGCUGCAACAAGCAGCCUUGAAACAGGCAUGGUUGUCAAGAAAGCCGUUUCCAUCGUUGCUCCUCUUGCUCUCCGAAUCAUCGCCGAAUGUCCAGUGACCAAAGCGAGGGCUUGUGAUCUCACACUUCCUCACUGUACGGUCAGCACCCCAGUGUUCAUGCCUGUUGGUACACAAGGCACGAUGAAGGGAAUCACUGUGGACCAACUCGAUGAUCUGGGAUGUCAGAUUUGUCUUGGCAACACAUACCACUUGGGUAUGAGGCCGGGUCCUGAGCUGAUUGAGAAAGCAAAUGGCCUGCAUGGCUUCAUGAACUGGAAAAGAAACCUUUUGACUGACAGUGGGGGCUUUCAGAUGGUGUCUCUUGUUGAACUAUCUGAGGUUACUGAGGAGGGGGUCAAGUUCAAAUCUCCUUACGAUGGAAAGGAGAUCCUUCUGAGUCCUGAGCAGUCAAUCGCCAUACAGAACAGUCUGGGGUCAGACAUCAUGAUGCAGUUGGAUGACGUGGUCAGCAGUACGGUGACUGGGCCGCGGGUGGAGGAGGCUACGUGGAGAUCGAUUCGCUGGCUGGACCGCUGCAUUGCAGCCAAUAAGAAUCCAGAUAGACAGAACCUGUUUGCCAUCAUCCAGGGGGGCCUGAACGCAGAGCUGCGCAAAGCCUGUCUAGACGAAAUGACAAAACGGGAUGUUCCUGGCUUUGCUAUCGGUGGGCUGAGCGGAGGUGAGGAGAAGGAUGAUUUCUGGAGGAUGGUGACACUCAGCACAGACCACCUGCCUCGGGAGAAGCCACGCUACCUCAUGGGGGUUGGGUAUGGCUGCCAUCUUCCUUAUGUUAUAACAGCACAUUUCCAUGCAUAAAUGACAUAAGUUGCAAAUGUUUUGUUGUGCCGUACAGGUAUUUUUAUGUAUGUGGUUCAUGUGUUAUUGCUGUGGGUCACAGUUAUGCAGUGGACCUGGUGGUGUGUGUUGCUCUGGGUUGUGACAUGUUUGACUGUGUCUUCCCAACACGCACUGCAGUAAGUAUUCCAUUCUCUUACAUAUUAUGAGUCACCUACUCUCUAUUAAUUUACUUCGAAAUAAGUAUUCUUAUCACAAGUGCUGAGAAACCCAAUAGCUUCUUUUAUAAUUUAGUCCAUAGCAGUACUACUUUCCGAAUAAUGAUUAUAUUGAUGAUUAUGGUUAUGAUGAUAAUUAAGUGAUCUUCUUCUUUUCAUCCCAGAGGUUUGGCUCAGCCCUGGUCCCGUGGGGAUCUCUGACGAUUACCAAGAAGCAGUUUGCCAAGGACCUACAGGCAAUAGACCCAGACUGCCAGUGCCCCACCUGCAGGAGGUAAAGGCAUAUUAACCCUGGUACACUGAGGGACAGAAUGCGGAGGGUUGAAGGAAUGGUUUGUAGGGGUUAAAGAAACUGGUUUUCAAAUCUCAAUUGUCGUCAAUGGAUGUUUUAAGUUCUAGGCUGAAUGAUUCUGAGGAUUGUUUUCUCAUGGGGCAGCAGGUAGCCUAGUGGUUAGAGCGUUGGGCCAGUAACCGAAAGGCUGCUAGAUCGAAUUCCCGAGCUCACAAGGUAAAAAUCUGUCGCUUUGCCCCUGAACAAGGCAGUUAACCCACUGUUCCUAGGCCGUCAUUGUAAAUAAUAUUUUGUUCUUAACUGACUUGCCUAGUUAAAUAAAGGUUAAAUAUAUAUAUAUUUUUAAAUACAGUAUCGGUUUUCUUUUGCUCCAGGCACAGUCGGGCCUAUCUGCAUGCUCUGUUCAAGAGUGACACUGCAGCCAUGCAUCACAUUACCAUCCACAACCUCUCCUACCAGCUCACUCUGAUGCGGUCGGUGAGACAGAGCAUCAUAGAUGGUCGCUUCCCAGACUUUGUGAGGACAUUCAUGAAGAGAAUGUUCCCCUCUCCUGAACAGUAUCCAGGCUGGGCGGUGGAUGCUCUAGGAACAGUCAACAUCACAUUGAAUUAAACUGGUCAACUCCUUGCUUUACACAGCCUGGGACUUCCUCUGCAAUGGCCAAUAAGACCUUUUAUAUGAGAAAUCAGAUCUCCUUUUUAAAAAUGGUUUUGUUUGUCAUGAAAUCGCUUUUUCUACUUUUAUGCUUCACUUGGGUAAUUGCUUCUGCCUGUAUAUUCUGUCAGACUUAUUACUGAAUGGUUCAAUGACGGUGAUGUGCCUGAAUAUUUUACUGUCUUUAUGAUUUAGUUAUGUUCAUGAUUUGUUACAGUACGGUUAGUUUUUUUUGGUCAUUUAUAUGCUAUACAUUCUGUUGAAAGUUAUGAAUUUACAUUGUACUGCUUUCAACUCCUGUCAGACAUACAGUAUUUUUGUGACAUCCAGUUUUCACUCUGCAGACCUCUUCAGUGUAUGAUAAUGUAGGAGUGGAGUAGUGUUGUUGAAGUCCAGGAACUGUCUCCUCUGAUAUAUUCAGACACUUUUAGUUGUUACCAUGGCUACAGACCAGCGGCCCACCCUCUUUAAAUUCCAUGCAUGACUUCUAACACAGAAAUGUGGUCAUAAACUAACAAUUAGAGAGAUUUCGGAACAUUUCCUAGGGCUUGUUAUCGACCUUUACCAGCAGGAGGAAGAGAAUACAUUUCUAUAAUUGAGUUCUGUUUUGUUGCGCAAGAGAUGAGAACACAGGAACCCACGUUUGUGUGCUUUUGACUUUGGGCCACUGGAGGGCAAAAAUAUUCUAAACCUGAUGAAAAUGCACGUGAGCCAGAUUGCGCCAUCUUUUUAGAUGACAUGCUGGAGAAGUUUCAUAGGAAGGAAUGGGAAUUAUACACACUCAGUUUGGUUCAAAAGCAGAGAAGUAGAGCAUGUAUGGUUUAGUCAGAUUUGCAUGCUGAGGGCAGACAGAGUAGUGGUAAACCAAUUCUCAAGGAAGUGCUACUUUCUCAAACAAAAAAUGACACCCAACACAAUGAGUUCCAGCAGUCAAGACAGUCGGAGGACAGAGAAUAAUAGGGUGUCAUAAUCUGCCAUUGAAGCAAACCAGGAUCAAAGACACAUUGGAAAACAAUAGGCAAGAUUUUUUUUUGUAGAUUCCAAUAUUUAGGUUUUUGUUCCGGAAUCAACAUUUUAUUUGAUUGGUUCCUGUUUUUCUAUUAGAAAUUGAGGUCCUUUCUGUUUCAGUUUUUUAUUGUAAGACAUCUAAUUAAAGCUUUAAUAGGCUACAUUGCAGUUGUAAAAGCACCUGUUGCCUCUAGUUGAGAGACAAGAUCUUUAAAUAAAGCCACCCUGUAUAGGCUACAGAGUUUAUACAUGGGUUGUAAUUGUUAAUACCUGUCAGUUAUUAGUUUAUAAUGCUAAACAUAUAAUAAUAAACAUGUAAUAGUAAUGAACAAGUUAUUCUUUAAUGAAUCAACACGGUUGACAAUCACAUUUUUA